AGUUUGCUUUUUAAGGAUUUAUGUAGUGAGACAAAAAAUUAGUUUGUAAGUUUUAUUGAAACAUGGAAAAAAAAAUGUUAUCUUUUAUUGCUGAUUUAAAGCGUAAAAUUAGCGAUUUGAGUAAGGAUGAUAAGGAAAAGGCAGAUGAAAAGGAAGCAGAAAAUGAGAGUAGUAAUUAUUUAAUUAUUAGUCAGAAUCAUAUGGGCAAAAAAAUUAUGAAACAUUAUAUAAAAGUAUGAAUUCGUGUGCUUUAGAUAUAAAAGUUGAGGAGGAAGGUGCUGCAAAAGGUGAGGUCGAAGAGGCAGUGAGUGAAAAGGAAGCUCCCGAUAAAGUUCACCAAGAGAUAAAACAGGAAGAGAACGCAGAAAGGAAGGAGACCGAAGAAGCGGUGAAAGAGACAAAAGAGAAGAUAUUAACAGAGGUAAAAGGAGAGAAAGAGGCGGAAGAAGAAAAAGAAGCAGAGAAAAAAGAAGAGGUUGAAAAAGUGAAGGAAGAAAAGAGUGAAGAAAGAGAAGAAGAGAUAGAAGAAGUGAAGGAAGAAAAGAUUAAAGAAAAAGAAGAAGAGAAAGUAGAGGUAAAAGAAGAAGUGAAAUCAGAAGAAGAAAAACCAAAAGUUGUAAAAGAGGAAGCUAUAAUAGAAGAACAAGAGGAAGAGCAACAACAGGAACCAGAACAAGAACAAGAACAAGAACCAGAACAAGAACCAGAACAAGAACAAGAAGAGGAUAUGGGUAAAUGUUGCAGUUGUAUAAAGACAUAUGACACUCUAGAGUCAGAGGCGGAGGUGCCAGAGGAAAUUAAAAAAGAAAAAGACGGUAAUGACUUUGAAGAGGAAAGAGCUAUUCUUAUGGAAUACAUUGUUGAAAGUGAAAUGGUUAAAAGCUGUUGUAUUGUUAGCUUCCCGUCUGGUCAGAUAAGAGUUAAUUUUCCUGAUGAAUUUGUGCCUAAUAGAGAAGGAAUUCAAUACGUAAUUGAAGGCUUUCAGGGUAAGCCUGAAAAUCUAAUAGAACAUGGAAUCUCUCUAGGUUGUAAUCUACCAAAUAUUACUCCUGGAAGUUACGACGAAGGAGAAGCUCUCUACUCAAUAGACGAAGCUACACAAAUAGGUUGCGCCGUAGUUAAAACUAACCAGUGCCUCCUAUUCGUAGUAUUCGAAGGUCAGCUCGCGCCGGCAUGUCGUCUAGCUUCCGAAACUGGGAAAUUAAUGAAAGAGAGAGGUUUAUAAAUAAAAAUUAUGCUAGAUAUAGAGAAAUAGAUGGAAGAUAAAAUGAAGAGAAAAGUUUAUAAAUUUAUUCUAUCAGUUUAAAGAGUUUAAAUUUAAACAAAUUUCUAUUUAAAAAGUAUUCCAAUUUUCGUUAAUUUAUAUUCUAUUUUCUUGUUAGUAAAGAUAAUCAAUAAAUAAUCAAUACAAUUAUAAUUACUUAUUCGAAAUUGUAGGCCAAAGUCUUUUUUCUGCCUGUGUCCUAGAAAUGGGAAACCAUCUUAGUAAACUGUUUUGAUAUUUACUUUUAAGAAUAGAAUGACAAUUAUUCCAAUAAAUACCCUAGAAAUAGUGAUAUUUAGAUACUAUAGACCCCGGAAAGCUUUUAUUAUCCUAGUGAUUGCAUUGAGUCUAAAAUAAUCCACAUAUAGUUUUCUCCCUCGCUCUAUUCAAUUCUUAAACAAUGCCUCAACCAGAAAACGCUUUUGUCAUUCUCUUCUUUUACUUCUGGUCUAUCUUCCUGAAGAUAAACUACAAAUAGGGAAACAAACAAAUUAGUCUAACCUAUAAAACAUCAGCUAAUAAUUAUUGAGGGAAAAAAAUUGUCCAAGAAUUAGAUAAGAGCAAUUAUAAACAUUGUUUGUAAAAGUUCUAUUCCCCUAUUUUCUAUUCUUUCCUCCCGCAUCCAUUGUUUCCUUUAUUCGCUCUUUUCUAUUCUUUCAACGACAGUAGUAGCUAGAGAGAGAGAGACAGAGAGACAGAGACUUUCAUUUAUAAAUUCGAACAAUUUUACAAAGCUUGAUUUAUCAUCUUUCUCUUUCCUAUUGUAGAAUUUUAGUUGGAAAUAUAGCGCUCAACCAAGUGUAAUUACAAAACAACUUGUUCGUUUUUACAGCUCAUUAUGCUAAUCAAUAAUAUUGCGGGUAAUUAGAGAUAAAUACACUUUAUGAAACUUGCAUUAAAUAUGCUCCAUAUACAUUAUAUAUACUAA